AUGGUGUUGUUAUGGUGGGGUCGGGAUUUGCAUGCAGAUACAGCAACAGCUGCUGCAGCAGCAAAAGUUGCUGCUGCUGAUAAUACAGCAGCAAAAACAAAUGAAGCAGACAACGCUGCUGCUGCUGCUCCAGUCAAAACAACGCAGCAAAUAGCCACGGCGCAGCAGCAUAAGCAGCAGCAGCAGCAACAGCAGCAGCAGAAGAAACAGCAGCAGCAACAGCAGCAGCAACAGCAGCAGCAGCAGCAGCAGCAGCAGGAGCUAGAAUGCCGGAUGAAGACUGAAGCUUAG